CUCGCCGCCGGUGUCAGUCUGACUCCCUCUAUCUCGCACUUAACUCCCUCCACGGGAUACCUCAAAGCACAUGCGGAAGUUUCCACCCCGGACAGCUGCUGCUGCUGCCGCCGCCGCCGCAGCUCAAAUGAGCUUCUGACAGUUGAUCAGUCGGAGGGGAAGCAGUGACAGCGAGGAGGUGGGCGAGGCGACACCGCCAGGAAACACCACAGCCGGAUCCGCUGGACUGGACCUCAGACCCGCGCAUGGCUUCUCUCGGCAGCGCAGAGCGACGGGCUUUCGCUCUGAAGAUCAACAGUAUGAAGACAUCAGAACACUCCAAGGAGAUCAGAGAAAAGGCUAUUGAAGGUAUCACUCAGGAGAUGGAUACAAAAAAAAUUCUAAGGCACAGUUCUGCAGAGGUUAGACGGAACUUCAUUGGGAACUAUGGCUUAUAUCACAGUCGGUCCAACUCCAGUUCGUCUCCCACGGCCUACGUCAAUGUGCCUCCGGCGUAUGACGCAGUGGAGCCAUUGGACCUGGAGGAGUUCCUGAUGUCACAGUUAAGAAGUGAAGACUCGGAUCUGAUGCAUGAAUUUGGAGACUUCCCUGACGAUGACCUGAAGGUGGAGCAGGUGGAGAAGGAGCGACGUACCAUCCGGCACUCUGUCCCAGAGGAUGGAGGCGACUUAGAUCCACAUGUGAGAGAUUGCGUGAAGAGUUACACCCAGCCAUGGCUGGUUGUUUCCAGGAGGUGCCAGGGGGAUGGCUGGAGUGCAUAUUCAGAGCGAGUCGGCCUGCAUAAAGUCCUGCAUAAGCAAAUCUUUGAGUCUGAUUUCCAACCAGAAAACAAAGACAAACCAGUCAAGUCCCCGACUCUCGCAGGGCUGAGUGACGACUCAAGCCGCACGCUGACCUCGUGUGAUUUUAAUUUGCGGAGCCUGACUCCAGACCAAAGGGUCGAGGGUCUGCUGGCCUUCAGCAGCCACGAGGAGCUGGAUCGCUUCAACCAGGAGGCGCGGCAUGCAAAAAGACAUCCCGAGGUGUUUGCGCUUUACCCGCCACCUGAUGAGGACGAUGCGGUGGAAAUCCGGCCCAUUCCCGACUGCCCCAAAGAACACACUGGAGAACGCAUCUUGAUUCGAUGCCAGGCCAUGAAGUUUGAAAUUGACAUCGAGCCCAUUUUUGCCACCAUGGCCUUAUAUGACCUGAAAGAGAAAAAAAAGAUAUCUGAGAACUUCUACUGUGAUCUCAACUCGGAGCAGUUUAGAAACUUCCUGAAACCUCACACUCCACAUGUGGAUCACUCCACCCUGGCCAGAUCUGCCAUCUUCUCUGUCACUUACCCAUCCCCUGAUAUAUACCUGGUCAUCAAGAUUGAGAAGGUCCUCCAGCAAGGAGAGAUUAGUGACUGUGCUGACCCCUAUUUAACAAUGCGGGAGAGUGACUCUACGAAGAACAGAGACAAACUUGAGAAACUGAAGAGCCAGGCAGAGGCUUUCUGCCAGAGGCUGGGCCGCUAUCGCAUGCCUUUUGCUUGGGCGACAGUUAACAUCAUGGAGGUCAUCUCUCAAACUGCUGCCUCGGACCGCGAUGUCACAGAUUCUGACAGCGUGAAAGGAGGUAAAUCCAGCAGCAUGGACCGGAAAGCUCAGCUCCCUAGGAGGAACUCCGAGCGUUUCACUAGCAUGGAGGAAGCUUGUUAUAACGUUCACACUUUCAAACCUGCAACCAUCACCAUCCCUACGAUUUUCAAACAGGAAGGGGAUCGUCUAAGUGAUGAGGAUUUAUUGAAAUUCUUAGCUGAUAUUAAGAAAUCUUCAACUCCACAAAGAAGGAUCAAGACAAUACCAGGUUGCAUUAAAUUGGACAUGUCUCCCAUCCACGACACGCCGCAGGCCUGCCUGUCCACCGAACUCAUCCCUCUCAUACCCGUGGCUGAGAAAAACAUCCGUUCGAUCAAAGAGGUGUUGGAGUUUCCCUCCAGUGAAGUUUACGUCCCUCACAACAUUUACAGGAACCUGCUCUUUGUCUACCCUCAGAGACUAAACUUUGUCAACAGGCUCACGUCAGCAAGAAAUAUCACCAUCAAAAUCCAAUUUAUGAGUGGAGAGGACCCCAGUUGUGUUCUGCCUGUUAUUUAUGGGAAAUCCAGCGGCCCCGAGUUGUUACAAGAAGUUUACACGCCUGUUACAUACCAUAACAAGUCUCCAGACUUCUACGAGGAGGUGAAGCUUUCCCUUCCAGCCCGUGUGACGGAGAGGCAUCACUUGCUGUUCACUUUCUACCACAUCAGCUGCCAACAGAAACAGAACCAGAGCGGCAACUGCGAGACCCUCAUUGGAUACUCUUGGUUGCCCAUCCUGAAUUGCGACCGGCUGCAGACGGGGCAGUUUUGUCUGCCCAUCGUUCUGGAGCGACUUCCUGUCAACUACUCCCUACACACUCCAGAGAAACUUCCACCCCAGGCCCCUCCGGUCAAGUGGAUGGAGAGCCACAAAGGGCUUUUCAACCUUGAGGUCCAAGCUGUGUCAUCUGUUCACCCUCAAGACAAUCACUUGGAGCGUUUCUUCACCCUGUGUCAUGCGCUGGAAGGUGGAACUACAUUCCCCGUGCGGAUCAAGGAUGAGAAGAUUCCCGAGAACAAACUGGAGCACGAGCUGAAGCUCAGCAUCAUAUCUCUGCCCUCCUCUAAUUUAGAGCCUCUGGUGCUCUUCCUCCACCGAGUACUGGAUAAACUUUUCACCCUCAUCAUGCAGCCCAUGGUCAUAGCUGGCCAAACUGCCAAUCUGGCCCAGAUAGCCUUUGAAUCGGUGGUGUCUAUUGUCAACAGCCUUCAUAACAGCCAGGAACUAUUCAGGGACCAGCUGGGAAGAAAUAUCCUUUUAGCAACCUACCUUUACUGGGUCUUUCGUCUUCCUGAUCCCCCCCGAGACUCGCAGAAUGCCGGUCCAGCAGGUUCAGCUCCAUCGUCAGACAGCCGUUACAUGACCAUAGGCCCGGCAACGGCCGCCAGAGUCGGUAGCAUGCUCCUCCAGUCCCGGAUCCGCAGCAGUAGCAACCCCGACAUCCCUGCUCAGCAAGCUUCUGAUGAAGAUGCAGAGAUCAAAGACAUUCUCUCUGCAAAGGGCCUCAACUACCCGGGCAGCCGCGUGUCCACCUAUGUGGAAACCAGCAACUACCAGAACUCUGCAGGAAGCACAAGGCCGUCCAACAGAAAGCAAUUUCACGAGGAGCUGGCUCUGCAGAUGGUCGUCAGCACUGGCGUCUGCAGAGAAAACGCUUACAAAUAUGCCUGGUUCUUCUUUGAGCUGUUGGUGAAAAGCAUGGCUCAGCAUGUGUCUCAGCUCGACAGGUACACUGUCCCCCGAAGGAGCCGCUUCUCCGACAGAUUCAAAGAUGACGUCACCACCAUCGUCUCUGUGGUCACAGCAGAGAUUUGCACAAUCCUCGUCAAACAACAAAAGGAGGUAGAGCAAGCAGAGAAAAUCAACAUCAGUCUGGCCUUCUUCCUCUACGACCUGCUGUCCCUCAUGGACCGAGGGUUUGUUUUCCAGCUUGUGAGAAACUACUGCAACCAGAUGUCCGCCAAGAGUGUUUCAAUGCCAACUUUGAUCAGCAUGCGCCUGGAGUUCCUACGAAUCCUCUGCAGCCAUGAGCACUACCUCAACCUGAGCCUCUUCUUCAGCAGCCCGGCUUCUGCGCCCGCCUCUCCCUGUCCGUCCAUUUCUUCGCAGAGUUCUGGCUCCUACCAGGAACAGCAGAGGAUCUUGGCAUUGUUUGAUCUGUCUCAGGAAUUCAAGCAACAGCAUUACCUCACCGGUUUGCUCUUAACGGAACUUAGCGCAGCACUUGACAUGGAGUCAGAAGGGGGAAAGGUUCAAAGGAAGGCGAUCAAUGCAAUUUACAGCUUGCUGUGUUCCCAUGAUCUGGAUGAUCGUUGUGUUGAAACUGAUGUCAGAGCCAAGGUGUCUGCUCUCUACCUCCCCCUGGUGGGGAUUAUUAUAGAGUCGACCAACUACCUGGAUUUCACAGUUUGUGACACGCGCGCCGGCAAGAACAAGACCGGCGAAUCCGAGGAUGACCUUGAAAACGUGCCGCCUAUCAAUCAGUCUGUUGCCAUGGCGAUUGCCGGGAAUCCCUUCAACACGUUGGGGCGUAACGUUCUCAUCUCCAUGGCAUCCCUGCAAGGUAAAUCUGUUGCCACCCUGGCUGCAGACACCAGUCGCCACCUGCUAGUUUGUUUCCUCUGGGUGAUGAAGAAUGCUGAUGGAAACCUUAUCCAGCGCUGGACCGUGGAUAUGCCUCCUUCACAACUCAAUAAACUGCUGGAGCUCCUCACUAUAUGUGUAUCUUGCUUUGAGUACAGGGGUAAGCAGAGCAGUGACAAAGUGAGCACACAGGCCUUACAGAAAUCUCAGCAGGCCAAGCUGCAGCUAGAAGAAGCCCUGCUGAGAGGAAUGGGAGCCCGUGGAGAAAUGAUGAAACGGGUUGGAGGAACGGACAGAACUGUGGGUCAGAGAGAGAACCUGCGCUGGAGGAAAGACCUGACUCAGUGGAGACAAACAAACGAUCGACAGGAUAAAACAAAAGCAGAGUUGGACCAGGAGGCUCUCAUCAGUGGGAAUUUAGCCACAGAGGCUAAUCUUAUAGUCCUGGACCUUUUGGAGACCAUAAUACAGGCGGUGCCGUUAAAUGAGUGUAAAGAUAGCAUUGUUGGCGGCGUGUUGAAGGUGCUACUCCACUCUCUCACCUGCAACCAGAGCACCACUUUCCUCCGUCACACCUUCAGCACACUGAGAGCACUUGUCGUCAAGUUCGGAGACCUGUUGUUCGAGGAGGAGGCGGAGCAGUGUGCAGAUCUGUGCCAGAAGGUGCUUCAGUACUGCAGCAGCCCUGUUGACGAGAACAGGAGCCAGGCAUGUGCCACGCUCUAUCUCAUCAUGAGAUACAGCUACAGUAAUGCCAGCAACUUUUCAAGGGUGAAGAUGCAGGUCACCAUGUCACUGGCCUCACUGGUGGGUAAAUCAUCAGACUUCCAGGAGGAAUAUCUAAGGCGCUCCCUCCGCACCAUCCUGGCUUAUGCAGAGGAGGAUGCCGAGAUGCAGAACACCCAGCUGUCGUCACAGGUGGAUGAGCUAUUAAGAAACCUCAACAGCAUCUUGUCAGACACUGUGAAGAUGAGGGAGUUCCAGGAGGAUCCCGAAAUGCUUAUGGAUCUUAUGUAUAGGAUAGCAAAGGGCUACCAGACGUCUCCUGACCUCCGUUUGACCUGGCUGCAGAACAUGGCAGAGAAGCACAACAACAGGAAGUGUUAUACAGAGUCAGCCAUGUGCCUGGUCCAUGCUGCUGCUCUGGUGGCUGAGUACCUCAGCAUGUUGGAGGAUCACAAAUACCUUCCUGUUGGAAGUGUCACCUUUCAGAACAUUUCCCCCAAUGUGCUUGAGGAGUCAGCUGUGUCCGAUGACAUCCUGUCCCCGGACGAGGAUGGCGUGUGCUCGGGACGGUACUUCACGGAGAGCGGCUUGGUGGGAUUGCUCGAACAGGCAGCUGAGCUUUUCAGCAAUGGUGGUCUCUAUGAGGCAGUGAAUGAAGUGUACAAGAUCAUCAUACCAAUCUUGGAGGCUCGAAGAGAUUUUCGAAAACUGGCUUCCACACAUGACAAGCUUCAAAGAGCUUUUGAUAACAUCAUCCAGAAGGGCCACAAGAGGAUGUUUGGCACCUAUUUCCGUGUGGGUUUUUAUGGAGCCAAGUUUGGAGACCUGGAUGAACGGGAAUUUAUUUACAAGGAGCCUGGAAUCACGCAUCUGCCCGAGAUAUCACACAGGCUAGAGAACUUCUAUAGCCAGUGUUUUGGAGAUGAGACAUUGGUGAUGAUUAAGGACUCUACACCGGUGGACAGAAAACUGCUCAACCCCAGCAAGGCGUAUAUUCAGAUCACAUACGUGGAACCCUACUUUGAUGACUAUGAGAUGAAAGACCGUCUAACGAACUUUGAGAAGAACUUCAACCUGAGGCGGUUUAUGUACACCACGCCCUUCACCAAGAGUGGACGACCUCGGGGUGAGCUCAACGAGCAGUACAAGAGGAAGACCAUCCUCACCACCAUGCACGCCUUCCCCUAUGUCAAGACACGCAUCAAUGUCAUCCAGAAAGAGGAGUUUGACCUUACUCCCAUAGAGGUGGCCAUAGAGGACAUGCAGAAGAAAACUAGGGAGCUUGCAGUUGCCACGCAUCGGGAGCAACCUGAUGCUAAGAUGCUACAGAUGCUGCUACAAGGCUCUGUGGGAGCCACUGUUAACCAGGGCCCGCUGGAGGUGGCCCAGGUCUUCCUGAAUGAGAUCCCGGCAGACCCCAAGCUCUUCCGUCACCACAAUAAACUGCGCCUGUGUUUCAAAGAGUUUAUAAUGAGGUGUGGUGAGGCUGUUGAGAAGAAUAAGCACUUAAUCACAUCAGACCAGAAGGAGUACCAGCAGGAGCUGAAGAAGAACUACAACCGCCUGAGAGAAAACCUGAGGCCCAUGUUGGAGAGAAAGAUUCCCGAGCUUUACAAACCCAUCGUCAGGCCUCGGCUGGAGAACAGGGACUCUUUCAAACGUCUCAGUUUCCGCAGAACUCUGGAGGAAAACUCCUGAGAUGCCUCAGCUUGUUGGGCGGUGCUGCAGAAAGGAGAGGGAAACUGUCACAAAGUCUAAGGCAUAAAAGAAGAUGAGCUGAAAAGAACUGCUGGUGACACCUCGGAAAGUAUCUGACGAAAAAGGCGUGUCAACAUGGAGGACUCAACUUUUAUUAUCCUUUUUUUUGUAAAUUCAGCAUUGUGCAUACAUGCAUGACCACUUUUGUAAUGUUAUGUAUGCUGUAUAAGAACAGAGCACAGAAAAAAGGGUAAAUGGUUAUCCUUAGCAAAGUGUAGCUUUUUAAAUAUUUCACUGUAAAAUCAAGUCCUGAUAAUGCUGCAAACAUUUUCUCCUGGUCAGCAAAGUUCUUUUACUGACCCAGUGUUCAUACUAUGUAUAUUCUGCUAAUGAUUGUGUCCUGUAUGUAUGUACAUCUCUGAAUGAACAUGCUGAUUUACAUAUGGCACAGAAUAAAAGAGUUUGACUGAUCAACAGUUCUGGUUGGCGCUACAGAACCUCUGGGUUUCUAUGCAUGACAUUUUUUAGUUUAAGCAGCAAUUAUUUGAACUGGAUGGAUUAUGCACUGGAGAAACAUGUACAAAUUUCUGCGUUUGCUUGUAUCCUUGUCUUGCUUCCUUACUUCUGGGCAUUCAGCAUUUAACGAACAAACAGGAGCAGGAAAUCCUCUCUGAGGUCUAAACUGCAGCUCGCAGAUGCAUAAAUGCCACUUUUUUUGUAUAUAGUUUCACUUACAAAAAUUAAAAAGUGUUAUGCAUUUUAUUUGAUAGCAAUUUUUUUGUGUAUAUAGCAGUUCCAGUGCCAAAUUUAAAGCAUUUCUUUGUAUCUUGCAUGAGAAACUUCAGAAGAAUUGCAAUAUUUUUGAAAAUCCAACCAGCACAGGCUAUGCUGAAAUACUUUUUCAGUAAAGAUUUGCAAUACCUGCUUUUGAACAGGAAAUUUUGCUAAUCUUAUUUACAUACAUGACUGCUCAACCUGUUAGUUUUAUGUUCUAGGUCACAAUGUAUUUAAUGUAAAUGUGUUUAUUUUUCAUAAAUGGAAAUACAUUUUAAAUACAUUAUCAUUGCUCAGUUGAUUGUAUUUAUUAGCUGUUAGAUUUUUUUUAAUGGUUUAGUAAAACAAAGUCAUGGAACUUGCUGUAUCAACUAAGUAUUAAAGUGCAUUUCUAUUUUUGAACUAAUCUAAAUGUGUGUUGUAAGAUAUAUUUGUGGCAUUCAAAUUUGUUGUGUAUUUGUUCAUACCGUUUGUUUUACUAAGUUAGGAACCUCUGUAAAGCACAAUCCUUAUGCAGAAAGUUAAUAAAUUUAACAUAUGCAUAUUUA